AUGGUCCAGAACUCUGAGUAUUUCUUAACCAAUGGCAAUGUGAACAGACACCUGCCUUGUGAUGCAAAUACGAUAAAACAGGAUGUCGAGGUUCCAAGAGUUUUGGGUGCAAACCUUCAAAACGCCUAUUGGAUUACACAGACUACGUCAGAUCGAUGUAUCCAACAUGUGCUGAGAAAGAUACCCAUUUUCAAAGCAAUUUGGUUUUCACGAGAGGCAACUGAGUCUCUCGUUUAUGGUAUUCUACAAAUGAAUGUGCUGCACACAGACCGCCUCAUGUUUCAGUUGGCACGAUAUUCGAGAUAUCGCAGGGUUGCUGGAAACUCUUCGGAAGGAGCGUCUCGAAGGUUAAAGUCGUUGUCUCAAGAGUCACUAAAACAUAAACGAGUGCCGUGA